CACCCUCACACCACGACAUCAUACAUCACGACAGGACGAAAAAAAAAAUGGGCGCGCCCCUGUCCGCCACAGUCGCCUCCCUGCAACGCGAAAUCAGCGCGUGCGAGCGCCAACUCGAACUCUUACGCGCCCAGCUCGCCGACGCCGAAGCCGCGGCCGCCGCCUCGGCCUCGUACACCGAGCACGACGACGCGCUGCUCUCGUCGGCCAUCGACGGCGGCUUCCCCGUCGAAUGGCAGGGCGAGACGAUGGCUGCGCUGGCGCCGCCGCACACGCACACACACACACAUGCGCACACGCACAACACUGCCGCCGCCUCGUCUGGCGACGACGACGACAACGCGCCCACGACGACGACGCCCUGGCCGCUCAGCGCAGAAGAGUACAGGCGCUACGGCCGGCAGCUCAUCAUGCCCGAGGUGGGACUGCGGGGGCAGCAGCGGCUGCGCGCGGCGCGGGUGCUGGUCGUCGGCGCGGGCGGGCUCGGCUGCCCUGCUGCGGCGUAUCUGGCGGGGGCGGGGGUGGGCGCGCUGGGCUUGGUGGACGGCGACACGGUCGAGGAGUCGAAUCUGCACCGGCAGAUUCUGCAUAGUUCGCUGAAGGUGGGCAUGGGGAAGGUGGAGAGCGCGGUGGCGAGCUUGAGAGCACUCAACCCCCUCGUCCGCUACCACACCCACCGGCACCGCCUCGCGCCGUCCAACGCCCUCGCCCUCGUCGCCGACUACGACGUCGUGCUCGACUGCACCGACACGCCCGCGUCGCGCUACCUCAUCUCCGACGCCUGCGUGCUGCAGCGCAAGCCCUUAGUCUCAGCCUCAGCCCUCCGCACCGAAGGGCAGCUGAUGGUGCUGAACAGUCCGGCGCGGGCGCCCGGCGACCCCACUGGCGGCGGGCCCUGCUACCGGUGCGUGUUCCCGCGGCCGCCGCCGCCAGAGACGGUCGUCAGCUGCGGCGAGGGCGGGAUCCUUGGCCCGGUGGUGGGCGUGAUGGGCGUGCUGCAAGCCCUCGAAACGAUCAAGCUCAUUGCGAGCGGCGGGCUGGAAACCGAUCUCUCAUCCACCGCAACACCAACAACGCCGCCACCCACCCCCCCAAACCCGCCCGCAAAGCCGUCCCUCCUCCUCUUCUCCAGCACCGCGCACCCCCCCUUCCGCAGCGUGACGCUGCGCGCGCGCAAGCCGACCUGCGCGACCUGCUCGGCGCAAGCGACCAUCACGCCCGCAGCGCUAACCUCGGGUUCGCUGGACUACGUGCAGUUCUGCGGCUUAAGCUUGCCGAUCAGCACGCUGGCGGCGGACGAGCGCCUCGCCCCCGCCGAGUACGCCGCCGCGGUGCGCGAGCGCCGCCCCCAUGUCUUGCUGGAUGUGAGGGAGCGGGUGCAGUUUGAGCUAGCGCAUUUGCGGGGCAGCGUCAAUGUGCCGUGGUCUGUUUUGGGGGGUGUGGUGGUGGGGGGGAAGGGGAUGGGGGUGGGUGGUGGGUUGGGGAGUGGGGAGGGGAAGAUGGGCGGGCUGGGGGGUGGCGGAGAGAGAGAUAGGGAGCAAAAGGAAAACAACAACGAGCCAGCCUGGCUGCAAAACCUCCGCGCCCUGCCGACCAGCACGCCGAUCGUAGUGGCCUGCCGCCUGGGCAACGACUCGCAGCUUGCGGUGCGCAAGUUGCAGGCGCUGGGGCUGGGAGGGGGAGGGGGUGGGGUGGGUAGGGAAGAAGAAGGGAUGGAAGGGGUUGAGGGUGCGAGUGAGUGUGAAAAUAGCAGUGAUGGGCCAGAUGGGGAUGGAGAGGGAGAGGGCAGACGGCGCAUAGUCGAUUUGCGCGGAGGCUUGAGCGCGUGGCGCCGAGAUGUCGAUGCCGGGUUUCCUGAUUAUUGA